AUGACUACAACAACAAUAACAACGAUUAUGACACAACAACACAACAACACCUCCACCUCUCGUGAUCAAGCACCGGCAUUCAACGAAGGAGGAGGAGGAGGAGGAACCAUCAUCUCUAACAACAACACUUGUCUCUCAAAUUCUUCCUUCUCUCCCACUACCCUCUCCACCACCACCAACAACAACACCACCACCACCACGAGCACUUCUUCUCCACAACCACCAUCAUCAUCAUCACCAACGCUCAACAACAACACCACCACGAGCACUAUCAACAUCAACACAACUACUACGAGCACUAGCAAUAACAACAACAACACAACUACUACGACCUCCUCCCCUUCUCCUUCUUCUCCUCCGAUCAUUAAAAUUCAACACUACUUUAAUUAUUCCACCACUAUGAGAGAUCGAGAAGCAUGUCAAUGUUUUUUGGAAUAUCUCACACAGGUCACUCAUUGUGAUGAAAAUUUAUUGUAUUUACUUCAGUUGGAGAAUAUCAAGAGUUUGAAAUCGGUUCAGAAUAUGAUGGAACAGACACAGUCAUUGAUUGAUACGUUUGUGAAAUUGGAAUCUCCGAAGGAGUUGAAUAUUACGGACAAGAUGAGAACGAGAAUUAUUGAAAAUUUUGAAGAAGUCAAGAGUAGUGUUGGGAUGGGAACAAGUGGUGGCAAUGUUGAUAAACAACAACAACAACAGACUUCACCAAGGACGGGAGAAUCAAAAAUGUCAAAUGUCAAUACAACAUCCACACCACCUGAAUUGAGUCCAGAAUUGUUAUGGACAAAAAUUCAACAUGCUUUCCACGAAUUGACCGUUCAAAUCAAUUUACAAUUGAAACAAGAUAGUUUUGAAUCCUUUCUCAGUUCUGACUUUUUCGAAAAAUUUAUCAUCAAGAAAGUUCGUGAGAAAGUUGCUUCUCAUUCACAACAACACCAUGAAAAGACCAAGAAAAAGAGAUCUUCUUCUACUACCAUUUAUGGAAAUACUCACAAUUCUCCAAAUUUGGGAGAUUCAGAUUUCUCCUCUUCCACAACAUCUUCAACAACAACAGAUGAUCAUUACAAUGGAGGAGAUUCUUCAGAUUCAACUGUUGGAGAUAAUUAUGCAUUAGGUGCUGCAACUUUAAUGAAACGUUUUGUAGGAGGUUUAUUUAAAGGAGGAGGAUUAGCCAUUCAACAAAUGGUGAAUCAUGGAAAUAAUUUGGAAGAUUCGAAUAGCUCUUCCUCCUCUUACUCUGAAAUUUCUUCACCCAUUUUGACAAGUGACACGGAUGACAAUUCCCUUUCUCUUACUGCUUCAUUGUCUUCUCUAUUCAAACAUCGAGGUGGUGGCAGUGAUCGAAAAGAAUCUUCUCAAAAUGAAACUGUUGAAAUUAUGAAGAAUAUUAUUCAAGAUUUAUACAAACAACUCAUUCAAAAAGAUAAUGAAAUCAAGAGAUUACAAGAAGUUUUGAGACAACAUGGACAAUUGAUGGGAAUUGGUGGAGAGAGAAAAGCCAAACCACUUCCAACAGCUCCGAAACAGCAACCACACAGUCAAGAUGAUCUUUCAUUGAAAACUCCGAGAAAAGGAGGAGUUAAUACUUUAAAAACAUUGUCGGCAUCUUCACCACCAAACAAGCCACAAUGUCAACUCAAGAAUAUUUCCAAUACAACAAGUAAUAAUAAUAACAACAACAACAAUAGUAGUAGUAGUGAAAUUUCAUCACCAAGAAGAUUGAAUUCGACGAACAGCAUGACCACACCAAGAUCCUCAAGUAAUUUGGUGAAUCCUAACAACAACAAUUAUGUUGCAUCACCAAGAUCGAGUGGUGGCGACAUGUCUUCCUCACAAACCAAUCGAUCAAUGGUGGCGACGACGACGAAUAUCACAACAACAAAUUCUCCAAUCAUCAAGACGGUGAAUAGAAACAGUCUCAAUUCAGAAUUAGAUUCUUCAUCCUUGAUGAAACAAAAGAAAACAACUUUGGAUAUUGUGUCAUCGGUCAAUAACAAAACCUUGCCAACGACACCUUCAGCUACUAACGUAAAGAAUGGUAAUGAUCAUAAUAAUUCAAACAUGCCAUUAAGUCAGAGAUUGCAAUUCUUUGAAAAGCUUUCAAAUAAUGCAAAUGUCAACAAUGCAAGUACUACUAGUGGAAAUGUCGUGCCAACGAGUCCUGCGACGUCGAAACGACCUCAAACAGUUCUUAACAAAUAA